GCUUCACUCUCCUGAUCAACAGGGACUCUCUGUCUGCCUGAAAGAUGUCCUGCUCCAGCCUGUGUGCCCCUUCCUGUGGGGUGGCCACCCCAGCCCCGCUGGCUGACUCCUGCAACGAGCCCUGCGUGCGCCAGUGCCCCGACUCCACGGUGGUCAUCCAGCCCCCAGCUACAGUGGUCACCUUCCCCGGGCCCAUCCUCAGCAACUUCCCACAGCACAGCGUUGUUGGCUCAGCUGGAGUCCCCGCUGUUGCUGGGAGCUACGGAGGCAGCUAUGGAGGCUAUGGUGGUUAUGGAGGCCUUGGGGGCUCUUGGGGGUAUGGAGGCCUUGGUGGCUAUGGAGGCUAUGGAGGCUCUUGGGGGUACGGAGGCCUUGGGGGCUAUGGAGGCUAUGGCAAUUGUGGCCUUUAUGGGGGCUAUGGAGGCUAUGGGAGCUGCGGAUAUGGCGGCUGGCGCCGAGGCCACAGGUACCUCAGUGGCAGCUGUGGGCCCUGCUAAGCCUCACACUGCAGCCGACCUCAGAUGAAGAUCUCCGGAAAAGCCCCUGGCACAUCUCCACACAAAGCCUGAAGAAUGGACAACCCCUUGGCGUUGCUGGGCUCCAGAACAUGGACACCUCCUGCUGCCUGUGGUCCAACUCUGCCUUCACCCUGCCUCGCUUAAACAUCCCUUCAUGACUCGUUGACCCCUGAUGACAGAGGUUCGCACUGGGUGCCUACUCCUGUGGCACAACCGAUGCUCACCAUCACCCUGC